UUUUGUAGUAGGCGUCAUGUCAGGUUUGUUAGUCAAAGAUUUAUGCAUCUGCACGUUGGUUGGACAAUAUUUUCGAGCGUUUGGCGUAAAAUGUAUUUUUAAAUAAAUACUUGAACUUUUUCUAACAGAAUGCAUUAUCUGGAUGAUUUCGUAGACUCGCUGGAGCACCUGCCCCACAUGAUCCGCGACAGAUUCACGCAGCUGCGCGAGCUGGACCUCUCCGUGCAAACCUCGACGGUGAGCUUGGAGAAGCAGGUGCAGCAGUUAUUCCUGAUGGCAGGGGAAAUGAGCGUCGACGGGCGGGAGGAAGUUUUCCAGCAACUCAGGAGGGCAUACCACAGUUCGCUGCAGGAGUCAGAGGAGAAGGUGCGGCUGGCGGAGGAGAUGUGCUCGGAGGUGCGGGCACAACUGCACAUGGCCGGCCAGGAGCUGGUCAAGUUCCAGGCGGAACUGGAGGCAGACCACCCGGGCAUCACGUCGCUCCUGCACACACGGUCGCUACUCCUGGACGACGAGGCGCGCGGAGAGAAGACGGCGCGCCCGGCGGAUGGCUCCCGGCACAAGAGGAGGUCGCACGCUGGGUCCGGCGCGAGGAGGUUGGCACCCGUGGGGACAGUCGCAGAGGGGGCCCCCCUGUCGACCACGUCCGCCCUCCAGGGGCGCGGGCCGGCCGGCGCGGGGGUGAGCUGCGCGGUCGCUCCCGACGCGGCCCCCGCCAGCAAGCAGGUGGUCACGGCCGUGUCGAAGAGGAGGCACAGGAGGAAGGGAGGCGACGUGCCGCCCAGCCUGGGCGUGACCCCGGACACCGGGAGUGGACUCAACUGGCUCCCGGGAGAAGGCCCCGUCCCCGGAGAGCCCACCUACUGCUCUUGCAACCAGGUGUCGUACGGCAACAUGGUCGCCUGCGACAACGAGGAUUGUCGCGUCGAGUGGUUCCACUACAGCUGCGUGGGCAUCCUGGCGCCGCCCGAGGGCCGCUGGUACUGCCCGGAGUGCUCCAGUGCCGCGGGCGGAUCCUCGCGCGCCUGACUGCGCUCUUGCUCCCGCGCGUGUGCACUGCCGCUGACUUUUACUGCAAAGAACUCUAGACUGUGGAGUGUUUAAACCAAGCUUUCUUCGUCUCCAGCAGUAAAUACUAAGUGCUCUUAUAACGCUUGUUCGAGUGACUGCAUAUGUACAGAAACUCUGCGGUCGUGUCCAUUUGCGGAAAACAGACAGUCUAAAAAUCAAAUUCUAUUUGAAAACUGUGAAAUCUAUUGAAACUUACCUGAUAAAACCCACUUACGGUAAUUAAUUAUAAAAGUUUUUUACUUGAACUCUUAAUACAUGCAAAACACCUUGUAGUGAUCUGAACAUAUCAACUUUAAAGUGAGAAUUAAUUUUAACAUAAAGUGCUCUUUCUAAUAAGGUUUCACUGGACUUUUUAAAUUUUAAAUAUUGUGAAUACCUUCUUAUGUAGACUAGAUACGCAUAUGUUAUUGUAUUGAACACUUUAAAUAAUGUAUAGCACUACUGUUGCGUAGUGCCAGGAGACCGGUGUGCUAGAAGAAACAGGCUGUGACAACACAUACAACACACGACUGGAGACGCCCCUAGAGUGUCGUAUCAGGCCCAGUUACACCGGGUCAGGCUGUCUCGCCACUAGUACCUCCACAAACAGACAAGCUGCCUUUUCCAAAGUGUAAUGUGUAUUUGUUCAAUAAAUGUGACUUGAUUUGAGACGUUGCAA